CUCUACAAGGACGUCAUGAUGGACAAUCAGCCGCCCCUCACAUCACCGGAUGGAUCCAGUCAUGGGAACCCACCAGAGAGAUGUCCCCGUCCUCUGUAUUCCCGGGAUUCCACACAGGAAGGUCACACCAUCCCUCACCAUCAUCAGGUAGAUGAUGACAAUUAUUGGAACCUACCAGAGAGAUGUUCCCGUCCUCUGUAUUCCCGGGAUUCCACACAGGAAGGUCACACCAUCCCUCACCAUUACAAAGUUGAUGGAUCCAGUCAUGGGAACCCACCAGAGAGAUGUCCCCAUCCUCUGUAUUCCCGGAUUUCACACAGGAAGGUCACACCAUCCCUCACCAUCAUCAGAGUGGAAUCCUCGGGAUGAUAAUAUUGAUGUUAAAGAAGAGUAUAAAGAGGAGGAUGAGGAGUAUGCAGUGAUGGAGGAGUUUUUCAGAAGGACACAAGGAUAUGAUGGAGCCACCAAAUACCAGGAACCCACCAGAGAGAUGUCCCCGUCCUCUGUAUUCCCGGGAUUCCACACAGGAAGUUCACACCAUCCCUCACUAUUACAAGAGUGGAGAUCCAAUCGAUAUAGAAUUUGAGGUGAAAGCAGAAGAAGAAGAGGCGUAUGUAAGGGAUGAUCAGCAGUCUAUGGAGGAGGAUGGAAUAACGGGGACAUUUAUAGAGGAGGACACUCCUACAGAGAUCAGCACAGGUGGGUCAUGAACACUAAAUCCAUUCCUCCCAC